AUGGGCCUGGACUCUAAGCCUCAUAGCUGUAAAGAUCUCUUCUCUCUGGGCAUUGGCUUUGAGUCAGAAGGUGUCUGCAAGACUCUUCUCACUGUGGAGGUCUGGAGGCCUGGAGAAAAGAAGUCUGGAGAAGUGGCUGUUCUGAAGAGAGAUGGACGAUAUAUAUAUUACUUGAUUACAAAGAAGCGGGCUUCGCACAAGCCGACCUAUGAGAACCUGCGGAAGAGUUUAGAGGCCAUGAAGUCCCAUUGUUUGAAGAAUGGAGUCACUGAUCUCUCCAUGCCCAGGAUUGGAUGUGGUCUGGAUCGUCUGCAGUGGGAAAAUGUGUCUGCGAUUAUUGAAGAGGUAUUUGAGGCAACGGACAUCAAAAUCACGGUGUACACACUCUGAACAGAUGAUUUGGAUGACUCGUGGUCUUUGUGUCGUUGCUACUUGGUUGUAGGACUGUAGCACCUGUGGGACCUCAGAAUGGGCAGGGGACAGUGUGUGAGGGAUCUGUGUCACAGGCCAGCUGUGGCUUUCUGUACUCCAAGACUGGAGGGUGCUGGGCCCACGCAGUGUGGCAGGGAACCAGUUUAGUAAGCCCACCAGGUGGGCCUCUUUUGCUCGUCCACUACCGGAUUUGUUUGGCUGGCCACUAGGUGGCAGCGUUGAUUCUAAAGCUCUUGCUUCUGAAGAGAAAUUCCGGGAGAGGUAAACUGUUGCGAUUCUUUGGCGUCUUUUGUGACUGUGCACCUGGUGCCAGUCUGAUGUCAUCGGAAUCGUCACAGGAAAGGAUUCUGGUUGUUUUGUGGUAGUUACACGUGUAGGUUUCUGCUGUCACCAAGGGGUUUGUGGAGACAUGAGUGGAACAAUAAACCUUUCUGUUGGGGUCACUGAGGUUUGGGCA